CACAACCCCCAGUACACCACGGCACCGUUCCAUAUGACUUAAAACAAAAAAAGGUUCCUGUUUUUUCUAUUUUGUUGGUUCCUCUUUGAAUUUCCAAGAGAAAAAAAACAAAAACUUUUUCUUUUCCCCCCUUUUCAUUUUCGUUUCUUCUCUGCUAGGGUGAUGCACCCAUCAUCGCGCCGCCACCAGACCACCUCUCCUCCACCAUGGACGGUGGUCGGAGAGGUGCUAAAUGGCCCUUUUAGCCCUUGUUCGCGGCAAAAAACAAAUAAAAGAGGACGCUUUGGUCCUUUUACCAAACCGACGCACCCGCCAAAGCCGAGACCAAACCUUGAAAGGUUUUGAGGCCCUUGGUGCCGGUGAAACACCCUUGGCGACGGUGAAGCGUAGGACCACUCAGGUGUGUCAGAGGCAUGUGAGGCCGGUGGUUGGUGCCCUGAGCGGUGGUGGCGCACGCGGCAGAAGAGGCAUGCGGCGGCUGAGGCUGAAGGAGGCUAGGGUUGCUGAAAAAUCUUAAGCAAAUGGGCUUAUUAUUUGGGCUUGGGUAAUUUAGUUUGGACCAGGCAUAAUUGGGCUUGUACAAAGUGUAUAAAAAAGAUUAAAUAUUGAAUUUAAAUUAUAAAUCUUUCUAGAGUAUUAUUUAAAAUUAGAUGAAAUAAAAUAAAAUAAAAUAAAAAAUUAAUUUUAUUGUAUGUUCUUAUAUAUUUAUUAUUUUUUAUAAAAAGAAUAAAUUUUAUAGUGAAAAAAAUCAAUUUAUCAAACAGGGCCUACUGUAUAGACGAGUAGAACAAAUUCCAAAUAGAAAGAUAGAUGUGCUUACUCCACUUCCAAACGAUAAACAACAGGGGAAGAAAAUUCGUGGGGGCCCAACUUGGUUCUUGUAAGCAUAGUAUAGAAUAGUGUUAACCCAGCAUCCAAACACAGUAUAAUUGAACUGUUUAGCUUCCUUUUCUUCUUCUUCUUCUUCUUCUUUUGUUGCUAAAUUAGAACUGAAGUGAAUUGAAGUCCCCAAAUAUUUUGUUUGCAAAUUUUGGAUGGGUAAUUUGAAGACUGAUUCUCCCCUCUCUCGUCGCAUCGUUCGUUCCUUCUUAGAUUUCCUCAACUCCGUUGAACCUGCCCCAGGGGUUGAUUUUGAAGGCCUUGAAGUUGCCAGGGAAUGUUUGAUGGAGGUGUUUAAACUUGACUCAGCUUCUAUAAAUGAUGUGAAAUCUGAUAGUUUAGUUGACAUAUUCAGUUCAUUGGAAGCAAGUGAGGAUAAGAAGAUUGAAUCGGAUCUCAGUCACAGGGGAACUUCUGAUAGUGACCCCUGUUCCUCCUCUGCCUGUGAUGUAAGAAUCUCUAAGGAUGAACUCUUUGGGCAAUUCUUUGCUGCACUGGAGAAAAUUCACUUUUUUAGGCCGAUGACUGAUGGGAAUGGUGAUCCUGCCCAACUGGAUAAAGCCACUUGUUUAUUUGAAGAUGCUUUACAUAUGGAGAGAUCUGGAUGCCAGGCAUUUGACUGUAGAAAUCUGGCUGAGACAUUCAAAUGUCAAGGUAAUAGGGCCAUGCAGUCAAAGCUAUACUCUGAUGCGAUAGAAUUAUAUUCUCUUGCUGUUUCUCUUUGCGAUGAUCAUGCAGUUUAUUAUUGUAAUAGGGCUGCUGCUUAUACUCAAAUUUGCAAGUACAAUGAAGCCAUUAAAGACUGUCUUAAAUCCAUUGAAAUCGAUCAUAGUUACUGCAAGGCGUACAGUCGUCUUGGUUUAGCAUAUUAUGCUCAAGGUAACUAUGCUGAUGCAAUUGAGAAAGGAUUUAAGAAAGCCUUGCGAUUGGAUCCAAACAAUCAAUCUGUUAUAGAAAAUAUUCGGGUAGCUGAGCAGAAAUUAAAAGAUGAGCCGCAGAGGGCAGACUGGGAUCGGAGUGCUAGUUCCAGCCAUAAUAAUCAAGGAUCUAAUAACCAUUCAACUGGAUCAAGAAGUCACGGUGCAUCACCUCCAUUUUCGAUGCCUUUCGAUAUCAGUGCCCUUCCCACCAAUAUUGCAAACAUGUUUAUAAAUAUGGCUGGAAGUGCAUAUCAGGGACAACCAUCCCAAAACCGGCAAGGGGAAGACAUGAACGUCAAUGGAUCAGAAGAAGCUGGAAUAAGAAUGGGUGGGGGGAACAUCAACUUGAAUUUCGGCGAGCAAAUGAACAUGCCGGAGGAGUUAACUGGAGCCUUCAGAUCUAUGAUGGGCAUGUUCUCAGGGACAUCAUCCCAUGGAAACAACACUCGGGAUACAAAUGGAAGAUCAGCUUCCAACUAAAUAAUUGCACUACACUACAGACAUAAGUAUGUAUAUAACAAUGGUUUUUUUGUCCAUUCCCUUUGAACUAGAGUUUAAUCUAUUCAAGCCCUCGAGCUUAAACUCAUAACUUAAAAGUUUGAUUUUCUUUUACACGUAGCAAUGAUACAAUCAUUUGAAUUUUUUAAUCCGAAUAA